UGCCAGCGGGGAGGUAGGCGUGGGGCUGGUUGCUGUGGCCGCCGCGGGAGGACUGCCUGUUGGCCCGCGGCGGAGUCGGUAGGCCCUGAACGUGAGAGAUGCCUCCAGGCAGGUGGUAUGCUGCCUAUCCAGGGCCUCGGGCCCAGGCUUCAAGAGAGCGAGGGCGUCUUCAGGUGGCAAAGAAGGAAGAGGGUGAUGGCUACACUUCAGUGCGAGCGGCCAGGCCACAGACGCUCAACCGUCCUGGCCAGGAGCUCUUCCGCCAGCUCUUCAGGCAGCUUCGCUACCACGAGUCUUCUGGGCCGCUGGAAACUCUGAGCCGACUCCAGGAACUCUGCCGCUGGUGGCUGAGGCCUGACGUCCUCUCCAAGGCCCAGAUCCUGGAGCUGCUGGUGCUGGAGCAGUUCCUGAGCAUCCUGCCCGGGGAGCUCCGGACCUGGGUGCAGCUUCAUCGCCCUGGGAACGGGGAGGAGGCCGUGGCCCUGCUGGAGGAACUGCAGAGAGACCUCGAUGGGACAUCACAGAGGGACCCAGCCCCUGCCCAGAGCCCAGAUGUGCAUUGGAUGGGCACAGGAGCCCUGCGAACAGCACAGAUCUGGCCCCCUGCUUCACCUGUCAGGAGCGCCUCUGCCCUGUGGGACCACCUGGAGCCUCCCUAUGAAAUCAGAGUGCAUGACCACCUGCCUGGGCGAUCUGAUCCUCCUGCCCAGGUGCCUACCGUUCCCCAAAGAGAGGGGCGCCCAGGAGAUGGGGUGAUGGCAACCAGACCCCUGCCAGACGAGCCCCAGGAGGCUGUGACUUUCAAGGAUGUGGAGGUGAUCUUCUUCCAGGACGAGUGGGGAUGGCUGGACUCUGCCAAGAAGAACCUGUACAGGGAUGUGAUGCUGGAGAAUUAUGGGAACGUGGCUUCUCUAGUGGGGCCAUUCCCCAAACCUGCUCUGAUCUCCUGGCUGGAGGGAAGGGGGCCGUGGGGCCUGAAUGUCCAGGGAGCUCAGCAAAGAGAGAAUCCAGGUGCUGCCUCUGCAGGAGGUGAGCUCCAGAUUAAGACAAACAAGUUCAUCUUAAAACAUCAGCCUUUGGAAGAAGCAGAAACCUUGGCAGUGCAAUCAGGAUGCCCUGUGAUGAGUGUUUUUGAGGGAACAGGGUUUCAAGAAUCUUUUGAACUGAAGAGCGGGUUAAAGGAGCAAUGGGGACCCCCCAUGCUAAUGACAAUUAAGAAAGAAAAGACUGAUUUCAGUCACAGGACAGGAAAAGAAUCUGAGGAAUCAAGAGGAAGUAAUAGUCUUAACCUAAAACAUUUAACACAUUUGAGAGUUGCUGGAAGAAAGCGAUCUCUUAAAUGUGACUAUGGCAGAUACUUCAGACCAAGUUCACACCACUGUGACUACAAGGAACAUGAGAAAGGGCUCAGACACAUGAUCAGAGGGUUUAGCCUACAUCAGAGAAUUCAUGUGGUACUAAAAGGGAAUGAAAAGGACGCACGUGGGAAAGACUACAGCCUUAGCUUUCAUCACCAAGAUGGACAGAGACUUCCCUUGGUGGGGACCUUGUAUAAGUGCAGUGACUGUGGGAGGACCUUUAGUCAUAGCUCCCAUCUUGAAUGCCAUCAGAGACUUCACGCUCAAGAGAAACUGUUUAAAUGCAGGGUGUGUGGAAAAGCCUUUAGGUGGAGCUCAAACUGUGCGCGACAUGAGAAAAUUCACACUGGACUGAAACCUUACAAGUGCAGUUUAUGUGAGAAAGCUUUCCGACGCAGAUCAGCCUAUCGUCUGCACCAGGAAACCCAUUCUAAGCAGGAAUUUCUUGAAGCUAAUCAGAAUGGGGAAGCUUUCACCUGUGGCUCAGGACUUGAUCAUCAUUUGAGAGACCACAGUGGGAAGAAACCCUUUGACUGCAGCCAGUGUAGGAAAUCCUUCCACUGUAAAUCGUAUGUUCUUGAACAUCAAAGGAUUCACACCCAGGAGAAACCCUAUGUAUGUACCAAAUGUAGGAAAACCUUUAGGUGGAGGUCAAACUUUACUCGUCAUAUGAGAAUGCACAAGGAGAAAAAGCUGUAUGAACAAGGCAAAUGUAGGGAAGACUUCAGGCUGACCUCCAGCUGCAGCCAGCCCCUGAAGGCCCCCACUGAGGAGAAAACUUUUCUGUGUCAGCAAUGUGGGAAAAGCUUUACUCGAAAGAAAUCCCUCAUUGAUCAUCAGAGAAUUCACACAGGCGAAAAACCAUACCAGUGUAGUGAAUGUGGGAAAGAGUUUACCCAUAGGUCAGCCUUUAUUGUUCAUAAGAAGAGGCAUGCCAUUAAAAGAAAACCUGAGGGGGAGCCACUGUUUAGUCAGGACCAAGUGUUCCAAGCUUCUCAGAGCAGUCACACCACUGAGAAAUCCUACAAAUGUAGCCAGUGUGGCAAAGCCUUCCGUAAUCUCUCAUUCCUCCUCAUCCAUCAGAGAAUCCACACCAGAGAGAAGCCUUAUCAGUGCAGGGAAUGUGGGAAAGCCUUCAGAUGGAGUUCCAACCUCUCCCGACAUCAUAGGAGUCACUCUUUUGAAAAACGUUACGAAUACCAUGAAUGUGAGAAAACUCCAGAUCUGCAGCCGAAAAUCCUCACCAAUGAGAAACCUUUUUGGUGUGAAGAAUGUGGGAAAACCUUUACUCGUAAAAGAACUCUUUUAGAUCAUAAGGGGAUACACAGUGGAGAGAAGCGUUAUAAAUGUAAUCUUUGUGGGAAAUCUUAUGAUAGAAAUUAUCGCCUUGUUAAUCAUCAGAGAAUUCACAGUAAAGAGAGACCUUUUAAAUGCCAGUGGUGUGGGAAAGACUUCAUGGGAAGAAACACCCUCUAUGUUCAUGAGAGAAAACACACCAGAGCAGCACAGUCCAAACACAGCCCAUCUGGGUUAUCUUCCUGCCAGGACACAGGGUUGAGUUUACAGGAAUUCAAACCCAGUGAGGAGAAGCCCCUGGAAAAUUGUAAGGAAGCUAAUGACCAGAGUUCUAGGCCCACUGGACUCCAGAACAUACCCAUUGGAAAAAAGUGCCACAAAUGUAACAUGUGUGGGAAAUCUUUUAAGAAAGGUUCGCAGCUCCUUAGCCACAAGAGAUUGCAUACUCGGGAGAGACCCUUCAAAUGCAGAGACUGUGGGAAGACCUUCAGGUGGUCUUCAAAUUUGGCUCGGCAUGUGAAAAACCAUACUAGAGACUAGCCUGGGGCCUGACAUUGUAGGGGCAUUCCAAGCUACCCUGCUAGAGAACCCUUAACUGAAGGCAGCAUGGGAAAAACCUUCACAGAGGGCCCAGCCCUUCCUAUUUUGGAAGCUAGUGGCAGAGAAUCCUGAGGAUUUAAAAACUCAGGCAGUCCCCAUCCUAUCCACUGAGAAGUGAGAUGCUAGGGAAGAGCAGCAGCAUGUUCUUUGGGACCCUUCAGGAGGCUCAGACUCCCAGGAGUGGCCUUUGUUCGAUGGCCUAGGGCUCCCCCAGCCAGGAUUCCUUCCACAGCUUUAAAAGGAGAGACCCCUGGCCUUUGUGGUUGGACAGAACGUCUAUGGCAUGGUGGGCUGUGGCUGCUGGGAAGGGGCCAUUUGGAUCCUAAGUUUCUCUUUAAGUUUGGCCUGUGAUGGUGCUUAUUCUGUUUGACCUUAAAAACGGCAGCUUCAGCAUCAAGAACUCCUUCUGGUCUCCCUAGAUGCCUCCCAGGGAGUUCUGGCUGGAGCUUCAGCCUUCACAGCUGGCUUUUUGGAUAUCUGUUAUAGGCACAAACAGAGUUGUCUCAGUGGCAAGUGGAGGAAGAAAAUAUCUUCUUCAGUGGAGUACAGGUAAUCUCGUCCUCUGGAUUGCCAUAUGGGCAGGUGAAAACGAAGGUUCUGGUAUUAGGUGGAGGCGGGUGAGAUACUGGGACAGGCCCCUCAGUGUGUCUGUCUUGACUCUGAGCACAUGUCUCAGCUCUGAGCUUUCCAGGGAAGGCAUCUCCUUUUGGUAUUGUGGUGCCCAUUCAGCCUUGUACUGUUAGCUUUGUAUUCGGGAAGGAUUGGUGGUCUGGAUUGAAGCACCCUAUCUGCUCAGCCAAGAGGAGCCCCUUCCUGUGGUUGACCCACCCUCCCGCUUGCCUUCGUACAGCAGUGGCUGCCCAUGGCCAGGAAUCAGGUGUCCCAAUACUGGGACAGUGCCAAAAGCUGGCAGUGGAAGUGGUUGGGCAGAGCCUAGGGUCAUGGGAAGGGCCUUGGAGUCAUCAGCUCUUGGGUUCCAGGCUCAGGGUAGCCUUUUAUUGGCAGAGUGAUCUAAGUCACUGAACCUCUGCAUCUGUUUCCUCGUGUGUACAUGAGUGAUUGGCUGGCUGCCUGGCUUCCGGGGUUGGUGAGAACAAGGGCCAGUUAACUAAGGUGCUGGGCUGGGCUGGGCAGGGCAGCUGCUCUGUAGGACCAGAGCCCUCACAGAGGCGCAGCUCCCAGUCCAGUUGGUGCCACAACCAUGGAAACUCCUUUUUUCCGUCCGUGUUUUUCAUCCCCCCACUCACUCCCCAUCCCUCACAGCACCUCAUAGAGUUCCUGCUCCAAUAGGAGUGUUUUACUACCAUUUUAAUAAAAUAAGAUACGCUUAUUUUUAAACAUUCAAAUCUAAUUUUAAAAUGUACAAAGACUAAAAGUAAAAAUCAACAGAAAUCCCUCUAUACUGAGGGGAGCUGUUAAUAUUUUGGGGAUUGUACUGAUGCAGUCUCUUCAACAGCCUGAGGUUUCAAAUCAUCUUAGUUAUUAUGUAAUAUGUGAUUAUUAUAGGAAUAUUAGUAAAUAUAGAUUAGCUAAAAGGAAAAAAUAGUAAUAAUGUGACUACUUGGAGCUAACUAUUGAACAUUUUGGUGUAAUAGUGUUUGAUUGGACUUCACUGCCCUUCCCUGAAUACCCCUGCACUGUCCUGCCUCUUGGACUGUCUCCCGUCACCUGCAGUGCCACCCGUCUCCCUGCUGGCCCAGGUCUUCACUCUGCAAGGCCCAGCCUUCCCUGACCCUCAUCCCUCCUCUGAGCCCUCUCCCCAGGCCCUACUUCUCCUAGGGCCUGCACCUCACUGCUGGGUGUUGUCUGGGUUUCCAGUCAUGCCCAUUACUGCAGCCACACUGAGCUCUCUGAAGGCCAGGGUUGGGUGCUUAUUUAUCUGUUUGCCAUGCAGAGGAGAUUUUGCACAAAGAUGCCUCUGUUAAGGGCUAUAAGAACUGCAUUUAGUUCAGCUAAGUUAGGAUUAGAGUUCUUUGAGGGGUCCCCUGAGUGAAGUGUUAACUAGGAGCCACCCACAGCCACACUCCUGCUGGUUAGGAGCCCAGCUGUGCAUGGUUCUGAGCUGUGUGGCUCCAGUUGACAGUUUCUGACUGCUCCAGCUACCAGUUCUCAUCUUGUACCUCAUCCUGGCCUGGGGAACAUGCAGGCUUCUUCCAACCCUGCCCCCCCUCCCCUCUGCUCCUCAACUGAAGUGAGGGCGGGGAGAGCCAGAGGGACUGGGACAGUUGUGGUCCCGAGAGGAGUGGGGAUCCGAAGGGCUUUUGGUCAGGUGUUGAGUGCAUUCGGCCACCAGAGGCCAGUGCAGAGAAGGAAGCACGGGAAAUGCAAAUUAUUACCAUCUCACACUCAUCACCUUGACAAAUUUUUAAAAGUCCAAAUGUGGGUAAGAGUAUGGACCAAUGGGAACUCACCCUGCUGUGAGUGGAACUUGUGCCAACUAUUGUGCCAAGCAGUUUGCAAAAUCUUGUAAUGUUGUGUGUUCUCCACCAGUUAGCAGUUGCACUCCUGGAUGCACCCUAGAGGAACUCCUUUAUGUGAGGAAGGAGACGGGUAUAAGACUGUGCUUUGCAGCAUUGUUUAGGUAGCAAGACUGGGAAAAGCCUAAGUUUCCAUCAGCAGAAGAACAGAGAAAUAAAUGGUUUUUGGUACUUCAGAAAGAGAAUAUGAAAUAACUAGAGCUGUAUCUUUCAAUACAAAUAAAAAACAAUAUUGAGAAAGUUGCAGAAGCUAUAUAACAAAUGCAGUAUACCAUUUCUGUAAAGUUAAGCAUACCGCGUAUCCGGGGAUACAUUACUUAAACUGACUUGUGUUUCACUGUAUCUGUAAAACAAGAUAGUAGUACCAACUUCUAUCUGAAGUGACUCGGGGGGGUUAAUGAAAUAAUGCAUGGAAAGCGCUUAGAAUAGUGGCUGGGAUGUAAGCAUCGUUGGCAUAUAGUAAACCGUGUUGUCAUUGUUUUGCACAAUAAUGUAUUUUCUGUGGAUCAAAUUCUGUGACAUCAGAGUGUAAAAUCAUGCAUUGGAGGAGUGUAAAAGGCGCUGCCCUGCCUUCCCAAGGCAGGAGAUGCUGAUGGGAUCAGGGAGGGGACAUGGGGCCUUCACUUGUUUUCUUUUUUAAAAUGGAUGCAGUUGUGUCAGAAUGUUGACUUAACACAACAGUGUGGUGGGUUCUUUGUAACUGUUUCCUUAAAAUAUUUCAAAAUAAAAAUAUUUUUAAGCAUGGACACUGGCACCUUAUGGUUUUAUAGAAAUCUUAGUUCUGCCAUUUACCGGUGAUGUUAUUUAGAGGGAACCGCUUAAUCUCUGGAGGCUUCAGUUUGCUCAUCUGCAAAAAUUGGGAGCCACAAAAAUGGCUGUUAGUACAGGGGUGGUUAAACAGUCAGGGACAUCUCUUACGGAAUACCAUGCAACAGUUUAAAAGAAUAAGGAUAUUCUUCAUGUACUGACAUGAGAUUUCCAAGACAUGCAGUGUAGAGGAAAUUAUACGCCCCAUUUUCUUUAAUUCCUCCUUGUCUAGAAGGAGCAAGUGAAGGCAGAAGUUACAGACGCAUAAGUUUGAUGAAGGUAUGGGAUCCUCUGCACAG